AUGAAAUCUCUCAAUGAUAAGAAAGAUAAUCCCGAUAUUCACAUCACUGCUGAAAGUUGUAUAUCCGAAAAUGAGCUGGAAACCAUUUUACAAAAUGCGAAUACAAAAUUAAAUGUUUUUGACGAAAACCAAUUAAAAUCUGCUAAUAAUGAGAAAGAGAAUCCCUAUACGCACAUCAGUGCUGAAAGUUCUCUAACCGAAAAUCAGCUAGAAAUGAUGCAACACAAUCGUAAUACAAAAUUAAAUGCUUCUAACGAGCUAACAUUCACAUUGGCUUCUGCUAAUAAUAAUUUAGAAUCGUGCCAAGAGAAUAUUUUGCCUUGCUCUGUGACCAAAUCUGCGACAGUGAGUAAAACUGUUGAGGAAACUAACAGUAAUGAGUUUACAUUUACAUUAACUUCUGUUAAUGAUUAUUUAGAACCGUGCGAAGAGCAUAUUUUGCCUUGCUCUGUGACCAAAUCUGCUGAGGAAACUAACAGCACUGAUUCAGAUUUUCCUCAGCAAGAAGAAUUUCCAGAUGAUUUUCAAAGAUUAGAAUUACACGAAGACACUUCAGUCCAAUUUCAAGAGCCAUGUCAGGCAAAUUUGCCAAACGAAACUUUAUCAGAUGAUGUUAGUUCAGAAGAAGCGUAUAACCCAGAUGACGAAUCUUCCAGUUCAUCAGAAGAUAGCAGUUCCACUGAUGGUCCCACAACUAGCUCAAGGAAAAGAAAAAGUCUUUCGGGAAAUGAUUAUAUCAGCAAUGUUAAAAGACCAAAAAAUAUCACUACUGCUUCCAAAGAACACUUGAAGAAUAACAAAAAACAGAGAAAAGCAAAAAAGACCCUUAAAAAUGAAACACGAACAGUAAGAGAAGAAAGAAAGAGAAACAGAAACCUAGGUUUGGAAUAUACAACAAAAAAGGGAAAAUUGAUAAGAGCUAGGGUCUGCAGGCCAUUGUCCAAAUGCAAACUUAAUUGUCAAGAUAAAAUAGACCAUGAAAAGAGACAGACAAUUUUUUCUGAAUACUGGCAGAUGAAAAGCUUUAAUAAACGUGUUGCUUUUAUUGCUUCUUUGAUAAGAACAGAACCCAAAAAAUGUGCAAAACGCAAAACAGAACAUAUUUCGAAACAAAAAAACAGAUUGGUAACACAUAUAUUUCAUUUGCCCUAUAAUGGAGAGCAACUAAGAGUUUGCAAGCAAUGCUUCUUAAAAACUUUUGAUGAAUCAAACCGAUUUGUCACUAAUGUUUUAAAAAAUAAGGCAGAAUCCAGUUCUGGUGUCUGUCGUGAUGAUAAAAGGGGCAUGUCCUCUUCCGCAAACAAGAUUCCUGAUGCUGAUUUGCAAUUAGUAAAAGAACAUAUUAAUUCAAUACCUUCGUACGAAAGUCACUACUCCAGAAAAAAAACAGGAGAUAAAAGAUAUCUUCCGCACUUUUACACUCUGGCUUCUCUUUACAGGGAAUAUGUUAAUUGGCUUCCAGAGGGAAGACGGAUUGUAUCAAGAUUUGUUUACGAAAGGGUCUUUUAUUCCAUGGGUUUGAAAAUAAAGUUAUUGAAAAAAGAUACGUGUGCCAAGUGUGACAAAUUUAAUAUGCUUAUAAAAGCAAACAGUGACGAAGCAAAAACGAAUUUGGAAUCUGAAUUAAGUAAGCAUCAAAAAGAAGCUGAGGCUGGUUUUGAGGCAAAACGCAUUGAUAAAGAAUAUGCUUUAAACGAUAAAACAAAAGAAGUCUUCAGUUUUGACCUUCAGCAAUGCCUACCUACUCCAGACAUUAAAACAUCUGUGGCUUUUUAUAAGAGGCAACUCUGGACAUUCAACCUAACAGUUCAUAGGUGUAGGGACCAACAAGCCUUUUGUUACAUGUGGCACGAAGCAGUAGCAGCUAGAGGAGCCAAUCAAAUAGCUUCCUGCUUAUUUAAGCACCUGAGACUUAUUCCUGCAAGCAUUAAGGAAAUAACAUUUUAUUCCGAUACAUGUGCAGGACAAAACAAAAACUGCUUUGUGUCCAUAAUGUUCAUGCUUGCUUUACAGGAGUUUCCUAACAUUGAGAAAAUUAACCACAAAUUUCUUACCCCUGGGCAUACGCACAUGGAAUGUGAUAAUGAUCAUUCCAUUAUUGAAAAGAAGAAAAAAAAAUAUCCAUGUCCUAUUGAACAUCCAAGAGACUGGGUAAAUCUUGUUCGUGUAUGUGGUGUGAAAAAACCUUUCGAAGUCAUUGAAAUGUCCCGCAAUCAUUUCUUUGAAUAUUCUGCAUUACUUAAAACGUUUCUUCAACAAAGAAAAGUUAAUGAAGAUGGCCAAAAAGUAGUAUGGAAAGACAUCAAAUGGCUAUGUUAUUCCAAAGAACCGGGCAUUAUACUUUAUAAAACAUCCCUUGAUGAAGAAGAAACAUUUCGGAAAUUGAGCUUUUUGCGAAAAGGGAAAACUUGGCCAAAAAAAUUUAAAGUUCCUGAGACUUAUAAAGGUGCAAACCCCAUAAGUAGAGAGAAAAAAAAUAAGUAG